AUGGCUGCUCAGCGUCAAUACUAUCAGCCUUCAGCGAUGGCCAUUAAUAUGCCAUCCAAAGCCCCAGCACCGGCCAAUAUGUAUCCAAUUUCCCGGGUACCGGGUUCGCCAUCGGCUUAUUCUGAUGCGAGCACCACUGCCGGCAGUCGCUCCUCUGGUGGACUCACCUUUAGUUCUGCUGGUAUUAGCGGCGAUUACGAAAGCUCAGCAGGAUAUUCCGGCGUUGAUGUCGUUGAUGUCCUCAGCAGUCGCAUGCAAAACGCAUUCGAUCCGACACCACUGGACAGAAGUUUGGCACACCAGGCACAAGCCUCCGGCCAGCUCCACGCAAAGCAACAAGAGUUGCUGGAACUACAAGCAAUGGCCGAGCGACGUCUAAAGGGCCUGCGCUCGAACUUCAACGAAGGGCUGAAGACAGCAAGAGAAACAAAGCGAGAUCUAGAGUGGACUCAGAAACGCGUGAGCGCGCUCAAGAACAAGGCCGAGAAGGCCCAUCCGGAUGAAUACCGUCGGGCCGCAAAGAAGUAUACCUACGACUACUGA